GUCACUUGCUGUAGUGCCUCUUCUUCUUCGAUCGCGUCAUCCGUUAGUGAGUUCUUGCUCUCUCAGCUGAACUCAGACACUCAUGGAGUCUCGACGGAGAUCGCGUGGUCUUGCAAGGUUUUCCAGGCAGGUCCAUGCCCUCUUCCUCAAGAACCUCUCUUUCCAGAGGAGGAACGCGAGGACGAACGCCGCGAUCGCCGCGUUCCCGGCGCUGCUCUGCGUGCUCCUCGUCACCAUCCAGCGCGUGGUGGACAGCGAGCUGGAGCGGCCUCCGUUCCGGUGCGGCUGCGUCGGCACCGAGUGCGGCAUCCAGUACUCCACGCCCAUCCAGGCGCUCGCCUGCGCCGUGCCCGCGCCGCCGAGGUGGCCGGCGCUGGUGCAGGUGCCGCCCACCGAGGCGCGCGCACUGACGCGCCUGCACCCGCGGCCGUGCAAGGCAUCCGAGAAGAGCUGCCCCGCCACCGUGCUUCUCACCGGACAGAACCGCCAGCUUGCCCAAGGCCUUGGAAACUUGCUGUUCCCACCUGUUCCCCCACAGUACGGACUCAUGCCUGCUGCUUCGAAUUCUUCGGACUACCUGGAUUUGUUCUCGACAGUAGUUCCUGGUUCAAGCUCUCUGCCGGCACAUGUGCUCUUCAUUGAACCGGGUCUCGUUCCAAAUGAGACCUUGUAUCUGCUCCAACCGAAGUGCUUAUCAGAGUCACGCAAUAUUUCAGGACAUUUUGAUGGGAUACCAAUGGAAUCUGAUAUGCAGUGCGUUCAAGCUUUGUCGUUGUGGUGCGACAAUUCCUCGGUGAUAAAUAACCAUAUGUUCAAGGGUUAUAAGGGUGGGAAUAAGAGGCGAAGAUCUAACGAGUUCCUCGCUGGUUAUGACUUCCUCGAUACAAACAAGAGGCGCUUCCAUAUAUAUGUUUGGUACAAUUCCAGCUUCAGCAGAGAUAAUGGACACCAUUCCAUGACAGUUUUGCGUGUUUCACGGUUGGUUAAUAUGGCAUCCACUGCAUAUCUGAACUUUUUAAAAGGAGAAAAUGCAGAGAUGCGCCUCGAGUUUUUGAAAGAAAUGCCCAAAGCUGCAGUUAAAACGAGGCUGGACUUCACCACUCUCCUGGAUGCACUGUUCUUUACCUGGACAGUUCAGCUCCUCCUUCCAGUAAUAUUGACAUACCUUGUUUACGAGAAGCAGCAGAGACUAAGACUCAUGAUGAAGAUGCAUGGGCUGAAGGAUGCACCCUACUGGUUGGUAUCUUACGCCUAUUUCUUGGCCCUUUCAGCAGCCUACAUGAUGUUCUUCAUCAUCUUUGGGUCCAUUAUAGGGCUGGUUAUAUUCAGACUAAAUAGCUACAUCAUACAGUCUCUGUUCUACUUCGUAUGUAUCAACCUACAGAUCAUGUCUGCUUUUCUGCUUGCAACUUUCUUCUCAUCUGUCAAGACUGCUAGUGUGAUUGGUUACAUGUAUGUCUUUGGCUCUAGCCUUCUUGGUGAAGCGCUUUUGAAGAUAUUCAUCGAGGAUGCAACCUUCCCAAGACAUUGGCUUGUAAUAAUGGAGCUUGUUCCUGGGUUCUCCAUGUACCGAGGAAUAUACGAGCUCUCUGAGUAUGCCGCAGCAGGAAGGAACAUGGGAAAACCUGGGAUGAGAUGGGUGGACUUGAACGACCCGAUUAACGGGAUGAAAGAUGUUUUGGUUCUAAUGUCUAUCGAAUGGAUAAUUCUCCUUGUUGUAGCAUUUUUACUGGACCAUAGACCUGCAUGGCAGCCUCUGUUUCUCUUUGGAUUUCUAUCGACAAAACAUUCAUCGCCAUCACAGAAACCAAUCAAAUUGAAGAGGCAAUCCAGGAGGGUCCAUGUUUAUGCGACAAAACCUGAUGUGUCCCUAGAGCGCAAAGUGGUGAAACGAUUAUUGAAGGAUAUGGACAUGAGGAAUAUGAUCAUCUGCCAUAAUCUGAAGAAAGUGUAUCCUGGAAAGAAUGGGAACCCUGACAAGCAUGCUGUUAAAGGAUUAUCGCUAGCUUUGCGCAAAGGGCAGUGUUUUGGGAUGUUGGGUCCCAAUGGGGCAGGGAAAACAUCCUUCAUCAACAUGAUGAUUGGCCUUGUGAAACCGACUUAUGGUACUGCUUACAUACAUGGAAUGGAUCUGAGGACAGACAUGAACGAAAUAUACACAAAUAUUGGUGUAUGUCCACAGCACGAUUUGCUUUGGGAGCCUCUGACAGGAAGAGAGCAUCUGAUGUUCUUUGGUCGGAUGAAGAAUCUCACAGGUGCUGCUCUAACACAGGCAGUCGAAGACUCCCUGAAGAGCGUAAAUCUGUUCCACAGUGGUUUCGGCGACAAAUCUGUAAGCAAGUACAGCGGGGGCAUGAAAAGAAGGCUCAGCGUUGCCAUCGCGCUCAUCGGCAAUCCUAAGGUUGUUUACAUGGACGAGCCGAGCACUGGGCUCGACUCAAGGUCGAGGAACGAUCUGUGGAACAUCAUCAAGCGAGCAAAGAAAGACUGCACCAUCAUUCUUACCAUUUCUCGAGGCCACAACACCCCUAAUAAUUACAAAUGCAGAGGCGCCUACUGGUCUUAGAAAGAAGAGUGCUAAUCAUGAGAGAUGAGGCCCUAAAGGUACAACUGUUGGCAGCAGAGCUUGUAGGCCUUUGUUCUCUGAUUGUAUUCAUGCUUUAGCUUCGUCCUGGAUUGUACUUAGCACUUGGCUCGGCGUGCUGCAGAACUUGUUGAAAACACGGUUGUUUCUAUCUUUCCAGAUUUCCCAGAUAGUCAGAAUGACUAUGGAGCGUAUCUCAUCUCUCACUUCAUUGUUGUUGCUGCUCCCCAUAUUCACAAACCACUGUUCCAUAUCGUUCAUGCAUCCCCAAUUAGACGGUUUGAGGUCCACUGCCCCAGUCCAUGUGCUGACCUUGUCCCAUAUCAUUCUUGAGAAGUUGCAUUCCUGAAAUAGAUGGGAGGUGGUCUCUAAGUUUCUAAUGCAGAGCUGACAAAAGUAUUCAUUGGGCCAUUCUGUGAGCUGUAAACGUGCAGCUGUCCAAAUUCUGUUUUGGAGCAUCAACCAGACAAAGAAGCGGCAUUUUAGCGGCACUUUCGUUCGCCAAGUGUUCUCGCAGCUAGUGAUUUAGUGGUGCCUACGAAUUGCAGGUCAUAUGCUGAUUUUGCAGUAUACUGCCCAUCGCGAGUGUGCAGCCAAGUGAUCCUGUCUUCCUGCAGUGGGAGGAGCGUGAUGUUUUGAAGGUGCCGCCAUAAGGCCACGAAUUCUGCAAUUGUCCGCUCUGUCAUAUUGUGGUCGACAUCUUGGAUCCAUUUGUCAUUGGUUAGCGCUUCGGCAACUGACCUGUUUUUCCUUCUGCUAUGGUUAAAUAGUGUUAGGAAUAUGGUUGCAGGAGCGUCACCUUGCAGCCAGCGCGAGGUCCAGAAGGCAGCCUUAGCACCAUUUCCCAGCUCAACUCUGGUUGCAGCAUUGAAGAGUGCUAUGUCAUCCUUGUCUACUGGCAUCUGCAUGUCUUUUCAUGGUCUUUCGGUGUCUUCCCAGGAGAACCACAGCCACCUUAGCCGUAGGGCUCUGCUGAACUUCUCCAAUUCUAGAAUACCUAGGCCUCCAUUUACAGUUGGUGUGCAUACCUUGAACCAGCCUACUUUACACUUUCCACCAGUGAGUUCGUGGUCACCUGCCCAUAGGAAUCUUCUUCUCAGCUUGUCUGGCUCCCUCAGGAAGUUUUUAGGAGGUUUAAUGACCGUCAUCAAAUAUACAGGUAGUGAGCUAAGUACUGACCGCACCAAUUCUCUUCGUCCAGCUACAUUGACUAAGCGUCCUUGCCAUCCGGCAACCUUGCCUUUGGCUCUAUCUAUGAUGUACUGUAGGUGAGCCAUUCUUAGCCUUCCGAGCGUUAGCGGUAAUCCUAAGUACUUGACUGGGAAGCAGACUCUUGGUCCUGGGAAAUUUUGUAGCACCGCGUCUAAAUUGGUGUCAGCGCAUCUAAUUGGUGCUAUGGUUCUCUUCUGCAUGUUGAUUUUCAACCUAGUUGGUUCGCCAAAUGCGGAACAUUUCAGCAUAAUAUAUCUGCCUCGUA